AUGAAAAAGCACAAUCAUUCCUCUAGCAUCUGCAAUACCAUUGCCUUGGAUACUAUUCAUAUGAAAGAUCUUAAAAAAUUACUCACAAAAUACAGAGAAAGCUCUCCUGAGAAAAAGUUUGAAAAUCCAUUUGCCUGUGCAUAUAAUUCCACCCCUGCCGAAACAAAUACCAAUAUAAACCAUUCUAGUAAGAAAUCACAAAAUAAGCCUAAAUUUACUGAUUGUGCUAAUAUGGGUGACAUUAAAGGAAAUAUCGCUACAGUUAACGAAUUUAAUUCAAAGCAAAACAAUGAGUAUAUAACAAAACUGUUGAGAACCGUUAGAGAUAAACUUGUUAGCCUUGAAGAAUGAAGUGCAGCCUUGGAUAGAAGACAAAAAGAAAUAGAAAAUAGAGAAGAAAGCCUUAAGCUUUCAUCUGAAAUGGCCUCAAAUCAGCAUAGGAAAAAUCUUUCAGGAAAAAUAAACAUUGAUGAAAUUAUUGACAAAAGCUUAGCUGAAUUAAAGAAUACUGAUAAUCGGCAAAAUAAUCAAAAUAGCACCCAUAGAGAAAAUGCUGAUAAUGAAAUAAAGCGGUUUUCUGAAUGUUUGGAGAGAAAAACUCGAGAGCUAAUGAGCAAAGAAAAGUAUCUGGCUCAAUGAGAUGCUGAAUUAGCAAAAAAAAUUAAAUUUGUUGAAUUGAAAGAUAAAGAAAAUGUGGCGAAAGCUAAUAAGCUUGAUAGCCUUUAUAUUGAGCUUGAAUGUAGGCUGAAAAUAAAUGAUAUUAUUUCUCAAAUUGAGAACGAUGACAUAAAACAAAAAUAUGAAAUCUUAAAAAGAAAAGAAGCAAAUCUUUCAAAUCAGAUAAACCAAUGAGAAGAAAAAAAUAACGAGCUAAUAGCAAGAGAAUUCGUUCUAAAAAGUAAAGAAGCACAGUAUAAUGAUUUGAUUUCUCAAACAAAUAUGUAUGAAAUAGAUGAAAUGCAAGUAAAGCUUAUGGAAAAAGAUAAUGAGCUGAUAGAAAAAGAAGCCAGUAUUAGAAAUCAAUUAAGCUUGAUAGCCAGAAAAGAAAGCGAGCUAAAUGAAGCAAAAAUAUUAUUUGAAAAUGAAAAAAAUGACUUCUUAGAGCAAAGCAUGAGGGAAAAGCAAGAAAUAGAAUCUUCACAAGAAAUUCUACAAAAGGUUUUAAAAGAAAUAGAAAAAAGAGACGAAAUAAUCUGCGAAAAAGAAUUAGAGAUAUCUGAAAAAUAUAAAGAAAUCCACGCAGAAGAAGUGGCAUUGGAAGAGAGAAAGCAGAAAUAUAUCAAAAGUUGGGAUGAUAUGAUUAAUAAAUUUGAAUAUCUCCAAGAUUCAUUUGUAGAAAGGGGAGACUCAGAUAAGCAAAAUGAAAGCAUAUUGCAAUAUAUUGACAAGUCAAAAUAUCAAUCUGAUUCAUCUAAUUCUAUAGAUUUAGCCAACGAAAAAGAGUCAUCAGAAUUUAUUUCAAUUUACAAUGAAAUCAGUUUCGAUACUGACAUUCACAAUUUUAUUAUAAACUCAUAA